GGUUUCUGUGCACGCUAUUCUUUACCUAAAAAAGCCGCUGCGCAAGUUCGAAGGAUAGUAGCGAGAGGUGAGGAAACGGCAGGUGAAAAGGUGUAUGAAUGUAUACUGAUUGAACGUAUACUGAAUCAUGAAAUAGAAGUCGCAAACUCAAUCUUGCAUGCAAGGAAGUUCAGGAUGCAAGGGUCUUGCAUGCAAAGAGAUUCAGGAUUCAAGGAUCUCGCAUGCAAAAAGGUUCAUUGGUCGCUGAAGAUUGACCCAAGAGAUGUUGGGCAACAUUCUAAGAAAAAG